AUGGAAACAGAUACUUCCGAAACCUCCACCUCACCCAACAAACCAGCCUUCCUUCAUUUCAAUACAUACAUCAUCCACAAACACCCCUUUCCAUCUCAAGUCUCCGACCCCCCUGCACACAGAACUCCGAACGCCCCAUCUCUCUCAGUGUCUCCCGCCCUCUUUCAUUCAUUCAUAGAGCAACAGCAGUCCUCGGACGGCGCGUAG